AUGGACGCAGAGUACGAGAUGGCCCUAAGUAGCAGGCUUCAACGGUCAAAACGGCCGCUAACACCUCUUGGUAGGGAUGGUACCGUUCCUCUUGACGAGACUUAUGCAGAGACGGUCAACCACUACGGUCGAAUCUUCCAGCAGCAUGCUUUGGCCAGCAAGACAUACUUUGCGCCGAUCGAUGAAGAAGAAAUAGCGCGAUUGGGAGAAAUGCACUCUAUGCUCGGCACCGUUUUCGACAACAGAUUGAUAUUCCCCCCCGUCAGCAAACCUGGGAAAAUACUCGAAUGCGGAUUUGGAGCAGCGGAUUGGGCUGUUGAUGUUGCUGAACAUUAUCCAGAUGCAGAGGUCGUGGGAUUGGACAUCAGCCCACAUAUGAUUCCUGAAGUGCUGCCCGAUAAUCUGGACCUUCAGGUCGAUGAUCUGAAUGGAGAGUUCACAUUUCCAUCCAACUACUUCGAUGUCGUACACAGCCAGAUGAUGGCCGGCGGAAUCCAUGCAACACGUUGGCCAAGCUAUCUGCGGGACAUGUACCGCGUCCUUCAACCAGGUGGAUGGUGUCAACUGGUCGAGAUAUAUUUCAAUGCUCAGUCGGACAAUGGAACGCUGUCGGCAGACCACGCACUUUCGAGAUGGUCAAGCGGAUAUCUUGACGCGAUGCAUCCUCAAAAGGACCCACGAGCGGCUCUGCGUCUUAAGGAAUGGAUGAGGAGUGCAGGCUUCACGGACAUUGAGUCGCGCCUUCUGACACUUCCCAUGUGCCCAUGGCCAACUGAUCCCCGCGACAAGCAAAUUGGUGCUUUGAACGUUAGCAACGUGAGUCAGUUGCUCUAUUCGACGGGCCUGUAUCCGUUCACACAGAUGCGAGGUAUGCCAGCGGAAGACUUUCAGCUCUUGGUGGCCCAAGCGAGAAAUGAGGCCAACAAUCCUUCAUACAGGGCCUAUUUCCCUCUAUAUGUGUUUAUCGGACGAAAGCCGCACCCAUGA